UCAACAUCUAUUUUGGCAUUGCGAAACAACUAGGAAUGUGUGGCUUUAUUUUCUGAAUUGUUAUGGUUUGCAAUGGGCCUUUCAAGGUUCAGUCAGAGAUACCAUAUGGGAAUGGAAGAGAAGAAAAACUAAGAACUCAAAUGUUAGAAAUCACAUUUGGGACAUCAUUCCUUUCGCGUGGAUAUAGAGAAAUGAGAGGCUUUUCAAUGGGCGUUACAAAUUUUUGGAGGAAAUUCUCAAUACGGUUAAGGUUUUUAUAUAUAACUGGUGUUUAGGUACAAAAAUCUUUUACGGAAUCCAUCUGAAUUCUGUAUUGUACAACUGGAGGCAUUAAUGCAUUAAUUUAGGCUACCAGUUUUUCUUUUUGUUGAGUUUUGGGUUUUUCUUCUACGAGCUCUGCUACAUUUGAGCUUGUGUUUCUUGUAUUUUCUACAGACUGCUCUGUACCAUCUUGGUGAGGAGUGGCUUUUUUAAUCUAUUGUUCCCUUCGCGAGUCAAAAAAGAAGAGAACUAUUCAGGAUUACGAAAUCCAGGAAGAGGAGAUGGAAUUGUUUUCCUUUUCUAAAUCAUCUUCUGAGAUAGCGGUGAGAAUCACCUAUUAAUUCGGAAACACAGUUACAUUGGGAAACGUCUAUAUAUAUAACAUAUAGCGAAUCGUCUAUAUACACAGACAACAAGGGCUUUUUGAAUUCUUUUUCGGCAUAAAUACUAAAACUCCAGUCACCACCGCGCAGCAGCAAUGUCAAGCAUGAUCCUCCCCCCACACAAAAAAACAAAAUACAGAAACUCCAAUCACCACCGCGCAGCAGCAAUGAUCCUCCUCCCAGAAGAUGUGAUACAAGAAAUCCUUCUAAGGGUACCUGCGGAAUCGAUCCUUAAUGUUAAGUAUGUUUGCAAGACGUUGUUUUCCUUAGUUUCUAACCCUAGUUUUGUGAAACAUCAUCUAGAUCAUACGAUCCACAACCGAAAAAAUCGAUCUAAGUUUAUGUUUAUGAUUCAAGACGGCACCAAACCAUGUUAUCCUCUAGUUAGCACAGUCAGUUAUGAUGAUACACUCUUUUCUAACUCUUUCAUAUCACCAAAUAGGGAUGAUGAUUGUGUUGAAAUUGAUCCCCCAUUCAUAGACUUAGCUAUUCCAAUUCACUUCUUGGGAUCUUGUAACGGUUUGAUCUGCAUCAUGUUUCAAACUAGUAUGGUUUAUGGGUUGGUGUCAUUCUUUGUUAUUUGGAACCCAACCACUAGAGAAUAUAAGGUAUUACCCAAUUCACCAACUAGAGUAACAAACCACUACUCUUCUAUAUAUUCAUUUGGUUAUGAUUAUAAGCAUGAUGACUACAAGCUUGUUAAAGGUGAUUUCAUACAAGAUGGUUCUGUCAAGAUGCCACCAAGUGAGGAGGAUGUUUAUGUAUCUGAGGUAUAUUCAUUACAGUCAGAUUCAUGGAGAAGCAUUGACACCAUCCCUUAUCAUAUGCUCAAGUAUAUCCCUUUUGACAGUGUAUCUGGGGUGCUUGUUAACGGAUUUCGCCACUGGUUAGCUAAAAGAAUACACGGAAAUAAGUGGCUAAGGGAGCAGUUUAUAGUCUCUUUUGAUUUCAGCGAGGAGAGGUUUAAACAAAUGCAGUUGCCAAAUGGAUUUCGGGACAACCGUCCUCUCCACACUGUGGGAGUGUUGGAAGAGUGCCUAUGUGUGGUUAAUGGUGUUUGGGUCCUUGGGGAGCCUUGUUAUCAACUUGAGAUAUGGGUGAUGCAAGAUUAUGGUGUCCAAGAAUCCUGGACUAAACGUUUUGUCAUUCACCCGACGGAACAUCGACAGAUUUUCGAUCUAUAUCCACUAAGAGUGAUUUGGUCUUUCAAAGAUGAUAAGAUUCUUCUAUUAAAGACUAGGGAUGAAAGACAGUUUGUUCUAUAUGACCCAAAGAAAGAUACCAUUACAAGUAGUUCAGUACCUGUACAUGCAGCGGAGAAUUACGUCGAAAGCUUGGUUUCACUUAACUCCGGUAUUUAUAUGGGAAGUUGCGGAGAAUAUGCCGACAAUCUACAUCAACCUUUGUUGAUCGAAACUCGUCAACGCUAAAUUCUUUAUCGAUCAAACAAAAUUGGCCUUGUUAUUUAACAACCACCUGCUGGUUUGUUUACGUGAUAUUAAAUUAAAUCAAUUUAACCAUUAAUUUGAACCUGGAACUGUGUGAUGCAUGAUCAGGGGCGGAUCUACAUUGUGACGACUGGCUUAAGUCAGCCCUAAAUCCAAUAAAAGCUUCCAUUUUGUAGUGCAAUUGUAUUUGAUAAUAAAAAAUCAAGCUU